UCCAUGAGAGUAUUAUUUGAAUAACCGGUAACAGCCAUGGCAGUUGAAUUUGGGGACCAUACUAGCGGCUUCCGACAUACUGAAGUAAUCAGAUUCAUUAACAACGAAGUCCUUAUGAACGGAGGGGGUCCAGAAUUCUACAUGACCUUUCGCUCUCGAUCUUGGAAUGAGAUAGAAGAUCAGCUCCAUGCCAUCCUUGUUGACCCCAAAGUACCACGCUCCCUCAAGAGGGCUUGCACCUGGAGCGCUUUGGCUUUGAGUGUAAGAGUGGCUGCCAGGCAGCGUGAACAGCAGGCACGUAGAGUUGGGAGGCUACAAGACCAGGUGGGAGAGCGUGAGACAGCAUCUUGGACUCUGGCCUCUGAACUACAAAGGUUGCGAGAGGAGAGGGACCAGGCUGCAGCUCAACUUGUUUCUACACAGACUGCCCUACAAGAGGCAAUGGACGAGCGUGAAGUACUUCGUGGGAGGCUGCUCCAAGCAGAGAGGUCUGCAUUGCCUGAUAUACCCGAACCUAGGAUGGGAAAUUGUAGGGCAGCAGUGUGGUCCUUUCAGAAUGAGGAGCAGGAAGGAUUGCGAUCCAGAGUGGUCCAGACCAUACCCAAUGGGGAGGACCAGAGGGCAAUCUCAUCAGUCUUGUCUUAUGUGCCAGGACUUCCAGGUCCCUGGGUACAAACAGUGCAUCCCUUUCUUCGAAUGCCUGUGCCGAAUCCAGUACCACUCAAUGCGCAAUUUCCAUUGGGAUUUCCGUAUUCAACACCCGUAACAUGUCCAAUAGUGAUGGAAUCAGGAGCAACAGCAGCAGCCAUGGCUACAGUUGUGCCUCAGAUGACUCCUACAGCAAUCUACCCACCUGGCAUGUGGGUUACACCGAGAUCCAGGGAAGCAAUGGCUUCUGCCUGGGGCCAACUCUGCCAUAGACCGAAUGAAUGCUCUGACACUCACCCAGAUGGAAAUCACCUGGGAGAGAGUGUAAGCCACAGAGAGGAAGGUCCAGAGAAACACUGUGGAAUACAUGUCCAUGGGGACAGCAGCAACAACAACCACAAGGAAAGUCAUGUCAUAUCCCAGGUGACUGCCACUGAGAAGAAAAAUCCAAUGAAGGACCAGGUAACAGCUUCACUGGAGGUCAACAGUAACCACAGCCUAAAGGAAAAAUCAGUAAUGCCCCAGGGGAUGGAUACCCAGGAUAACAAAACCAGCUACACCCAGAAGCCAUAUCCAGGGAUUCCCAGGAAGGUGGUUGCCCUGAAAGACAGCAUCGGCCAUAACACUAAAGAAGACUCAGUAUCUCCCCAGGAAACAGCUACCCAGGUGAAUAAAACCAGCGCUAUCCUGAAAAAAUAUCCAGGGAUUCUCUUGAGGAAGCCUGACCUGGGAUGCAGCCUUAGCUGUAAACAGAAAGAGUAUCAAAAGUCAUCUCAGGUGACAGAUACCCUGGGAGAAGAUCAUAGAAGUUGGCAGAAGGAGAACACAAUCAAUAUUCAGCAGAUGAUACCCCUGGCUACUGGUGAAAGCCCUAGUGCGAAAAAGGAUCAGGUGAUGCUACAGGGAAAUGGCAAGAACCAGAGCCAGAGGGAAGAACCAAACAGAUUCCAAGCAAUGUCCCUAGGAAAAAGUAAAAGUUACAGUGUGAAUAAAUACUCCUCAAAACAACAGCCUCCAAAACAAAAGACCAAGCAACCUCUAGGGGUAAAGGCCUUCGAACCCAAGCAAGCACAAGGAGCAAAAUCCCCUGAAAUCAAACCAGAGAAACCCCUCUUACACCAUACUCCAGUGAAUUGGGUGUGUUCAUCAUGCAAAACUGUGAAUCGCUCCUGGUGCAAAGGCUGCUAUAAAUGUGCAAAAGCAGGUGCUCAAUUUGGGAGAAAAGAUUUUGACCCCAAACCAACUCAUUGAUUUCAGGAAGAUAACAGAGUUGCUAUGGCUGUUUGUGAUCGCAUGGCAUCACAGAGAAGCUCAUCUUGAGGCUUUUGGAAUAGCUAUUCUUACCUCCUU